CUUUCUUUCAAUCCAUGGUUGCGCCAAUUUCAGCAUAGCGGUAGGAGCCGUGCGCGCCCUUGGGGACAGUUGAGGCGGGUGUUUUCGCGCCGGCGGGUGUUUCAAUACGCUCUGGCGAGUCGCUGUACAUUUCGGGAACCAGCAUGGCAGGCACCCCCAUGCGUUUCAGCACCGUGACUCCUGCCGUGGUCAAGCACGCCAGCACCGCCGUUAAGCCCGCCAGCAGCACGGCGCCCGAUGGCCAAGGCCUGCCCACCCCGGCAGCCGACACCGUGACGGGCGGGCAGUGGCUGCCGACGCCGGUGCACAUCGCAGAGGUCGGCGGGCGCCCUGCCGCCUCCUCCACCGGCCCCAGCCCUUUGGCGCUGGUCAGCAUGGACUUGCUGGAAAGGAUGUAUGGAGCGGCGGGCGCAGCCCACGGCACAGAAGCUCCAUGCGCGCCGGCCAUGCAGCAGGACGGCGCCCGCACCGAGGCGACGGUAGCGAGCGCAGCGCCAGCGCAGCGGGAGGGCAGCAAGGCGACGGCGGCUGCAUGCACCGCCACGCUGCUCGAGGCGGAGGGCAGCUCCAUCACUGUGCUGCAGGCGCCACCCACCAGCAGCCGCACCACGACCUGCAGCGAGAGCGCAUUAUAUAAUAAUUCAGUAAAGGAUCAUUAUGAUCUCAUGAAGAGCUGCCUGCACGUCGGAGGCGGCAGACGCCUUCCGGUACCGGUGGACGUGGACGCCAAGGCUUGUUCCCAUCAGAGUAGAACUAUUCACGUCACAGGCAGCAGCGACGUGUCUGUAGCUGGCGGGCUGCCGCAAGCACCACCCCAUGUCAGCCGCGGCCAGCACCGGAGGGACCUGCUACCCCAUGGGCAGAGCGACGAGAUGCGGGAAUUGCGGGACAAGGACCGACGGCAGGAGGAGGAGUUGGCAGCGGCGUGGCGAGCAGCGGCGGUCAACGCAACCACCCUCGCCGCCCAGCUGCUUGCCGAUCCCGCCGACGGCGAGGAGAGCGUGGCGGCCUGGCUGAGCCGACGGUUCCGCGAGCUGGGCAUCAAGCUGCCCUCCAUCACAGUGGCCUACCAGGGUCUGAGCGUGGAGACGGAUGCAGCGGUGGGCGCCGCCGGGAUACCCUCCAUCUCGCGAUGGGUGGGCCUGGAUGCGCUGCUGUCGGGAGACCUGCUGCGACGAGGCGGCGGCGCCCGCAGCACCGCUCGCCUGCCGAUCAUACGGGGCAUCCAGGGCGUGCUGCGCCCGGGGCGGCUGACGCUGCUGCUGGGGCCGCCGGGCGCGGGGAGGAGCGUGCUGCUGCAGACGCUCGCGGGGCAGCUACGCCCUUCCAGCACCGUGCGGAUUGCAGGCACCAUAACAUACAACGGAUUAGCCGGGUCCGAGUUCGAUUUGCAGCGAACCGCGAGCUACGUCGAUCAGGCGAGCGGGCGUGCGCCAUGCCAGUGCCCAGAGCCGCUGUCGACCUGCUCUGCCCGCCGUGUCGGUUUGCAUUACGACGUGCACCUGCCGCUGCUGACGGUCCGGGAGACGCUGGCCUUUGCCCACGACGCGCUCUGGGCUGCCGGCUGCAAGAACGACCUGGCCGCGGAGUUUGCGCAGGUUCUGAAAGCGGAGGAGGCGGAGGUGGGCGCGCACGUGCUGCCGCGGCAGCUGCAGGACCAGGUGGUGUGGCUGAUGGCCAGCCCCGAGCUGAUGGUGGAGUUCACGCUGCGCAUGCUGGGCCUGGAGGGCUGCGCAGACACCGUGCGGCAUCAGCGGCGGCCAGAAGCGGCGGCUGACCUGCGGCGAGCUGCUGGCUUGGACUCUGCCACCACAUUCUCAGUGGUCAAGUAUCUAGGCGACCUGUCCCGCACCUUGCAAGCCAACACAGUCAUCAGCCUGCUGCAGCCCUCCGGAGACGUGAUGAGCCUGUUCGACGACGUCAUGCUGCUGGCAGAGGGGCGCAUGCUGUACCACGGCCCCGUGGAUGCUGUGACUCCCUUCUUCGCCACCCUGGGCUUUGCCUGCCCGCCCCGCAAGGAGGUGCCCGCCUUUGUGCAGGAGGUGACCUCGGCGGCGGGGCAGCGCCAGCUGGCGCAGCCGCAGCUGCUGGCUCGCGGCCACAAGCAGGCCUGCCUGCUGGCUUCCCUGGAGGAGAUUGAGGUGGCCUUCUGGGGCGGAGAGGCGGGCCCGGGCGCCGACAUGCGGCAGCUGGUGGCGGGCGCCCCGGGGCCAGAGGCUUAUGCCGACAUCCCCAAGACGCUGGUGGUUGAGGCUGACGUGGCGCCCUGGCAGACCUUCUUCCUGCUCUGCGCCCGCCGCCAGUUCAAGCUGCUGGGCCGCGACGCGGAGCUGCUGCAGGGUCGGCUGAUGCAGGUGGUGCUGGCUGGCUUUGUGGUUGGCACGCUCUUCCUGCAGAUCGAAGUCAGCCUGGACAAUGCCUCGAAGUUCUUGGGGGUCAGCUUCACCUCAGUCGCGAUGCUGGCCUUCAUCUCGCUGCCGCUGACGGGCACCGUGUUUGCACACAAGCCGACGUUUAUGAAGCAGCGGGCACUGCGAUUCUUUCCUCCCUCUGCCUAUGGCGCCGCCUUCGUGGCCCAGGAGGUGCCCAUGACGAUCAUAUGCGCCCUCAUCUUCUCGAUAAUGGUUUAUUUCAUCGCUGGCUACACUUACUCAGCCGGAGCUUUCUUCAUGUACACUGCGCUGCUGCUGCUGUCCGGCCUGGUGUUUGGCGCGCUGUUCAUCGUGCUCGCCGCGCUGACACCCACGCUGCAAGUGGCGGGGGGCCUGUGCGGCGUCAUCCUGCUGGUUCUCAUCCUUCUAUCCGGCUUCAGCAUCGUGCGGCAAGACAUCCCGGGGUGGUGGAUAUGGGGGCUGUACUGCAACCCAAUGGCGUAA